CUGGCCCUUGGAAGUUGAGGCGGGAGCGACGCCGACGUGGUAGCCGCAGCCGCUUUCGUCGCGGGAUAAUAAGCCGGGUAGAGUUGCUGAGAAUCUACCCUAUCUACUGAUUAACUAUGGAAGACUAUACCAAAAUAGAGAAAAUUGGAGAAGGUACCUAUGGAGUUGUGUAUAAGGGUAGACACAAAACUACAGGUCAAGUGGUAGCCAUGAAGAAAAUCAGACUAGAAAGUGAAGAGGAAGGGGUUCCUAGUACUGCAAUUCGGGAAAUUUCUCUAUUAAAAGAACUUCGUCAUCCAAAUAUAGUCAGUCUUCAAGAUGUGCUUAUGCAAGAUUCCAGGUUAUAUCUCAUCUUUGAAUUCCUUUCCAUGGAUCUCAAGAAAUACUUAGAUUCCAUCCCUCCUGGUCAGUUCAUGGAAUCUUCACUUGUUAAGAGUUACUUGUACCAAAUCCUACAAGGGAUUGUGUUUUGCCACUCCAGAAGAGUUCUGCACAGAGACUUGAAACCUCAAAAUCUAUUGAUUGAUGACAAAGGAACAAUUAAAUUGGCUGAUUUUGGCCUCGCCAGAGCCUUUGGAAUACCUAUUAGAGUAUAUACACAUGAGGUAGUGACACUCUGGUAUAGAUCUCCAGAAGUACUGCUGGGGUCAGCUCGCUACUCAACUCCAGUUGACAUUUGGAGUAUAGGCACCAUAUUUGCAGAAUUAGCAACUAAGAAACCACUUUUCCAUGGGGAUUCAGAAAUUGAUCAACUCUUCAGAAUUUUCAGAGCUUUGGGCACCCCCAAUAAUGAAGUGUGGCCAGAAGUGGAAUCUUUACAGGACUAUAAGAAUACAUUUCCCAAGUGGAAACCAGGAAGUCUGGCAUCCCAUGUCAAAAACUUGGAUGAAAAUGGCUUGGAUCUGCUGUCGAAAAUGUUGGUCUAUGAUCCUGCCAAACGAAUUUCUGGCAAAAUGGCACUGAAUCAUCCGUAUUUUAAUGACUUGGACAAUCAGAUUAAGAAGAUGUAGCUUUUCUGAGUGUUUCUACGUAUCAAAAACAGAUAGUUAUAUUUUUACUGUUACCUCUGUCUAUUUUUGUUAUGUGUUUUUCUCUUUCUUUGUUGUAAACUUAAGCUGUACUUCGUCUUCUGAUUUCAAAACUGUAACUUAAAAUUGUAAAUAUUGUUCUAUAUGAAUUUAAAUAUAAUAAUUCUGUAUAUGUUUAUAGAUCUCACUGUAACAACUAUUUGUUACCAUAAUAAAAGUAUAAAUCUAGUACUGAUGUCAGGAAUUGGAAAAAUUUUGAGUUAGCUUAAACCAUCUCAGACCUUUUAGAGUCUGGUUUUCCUGUAGUUGGAACCACCAAAAUUUAGGAAAGUGUGCUAAAUUCAUAGUUCAUAAAGUUUGAAAUGCUUUUAUGCUCUGUUUAAAUUUUGUCAGUUUCUUGCCAACUGGUAACUGUACAACAGGCCAAAACAUGAGUAUUUUUCUGCUGGUAUUUCAGUUUGUGACCUAAAUGUUCAAGCAUUCAGAAUGAGAAAACUAUCGAGAUUUGAGAAACGAUGCUAAAUUUACAGAGGUUUUCAGUAACCUAUAAAACUAACAUUAGAGCAUGCCAAAGUUUGCUAAGUUUUACAGUCAAAGAUCAAGGGCUGCUCACAUCAGGGAAGAGCAGUUUAGAAAAUUUAUGAACUAGUCUAUUUUUAGGUAGGUUAUGAAAGCUGUUUGUCUAAGUGAAUUCUUAUGCCUUGAUCAGAGGUAAUAACUAGACAAAGGAGCUGCUCAUCUUGGCUUUCAAGUCUGGCUUAAAGUCUAUUUGCAAAUUUUGACAUAGUUUUGCUUAUUAGCCUUAGAAAUUCUGAUAUACAAGUAUUUAGCUAGAAUCACUAACUUUAAGAAUUGUUAAAUACUGCUCAUUGUGAUUCUCCUAUAUAAGGAGCAUAAUUUAAAUUUUUUGUUGUAGCCAAGAGGAAUAUCUGCGAAAAGAUUGAUCAUUUUUAGUGUACAUCUGUCUGUUGUCUAACCAUAUACCCUCUAUUCUUCCUGGUUACCUAUGGCUGGAAUUGGCAUUCCUGUAUUACUGGUUGCAUAUGUAAAGAGUGAUCUACCUAAUCCAUAUUGUCUUGGAAUUUUUGUACUCUGUAGGAGAAAGUAUGGGUUACUUUCUUUGACAGUUGGAUUUGUAAGAUGAGAGGUUUGGUCACUUCACUCUAGUCCUUUGUUGGAAGCCAGCCUGCAGUAAGAGUGCAGAAUCUAGGGAUGGCAGUCAUUUGUGGCCACAUUGUAAAGAGUUAAGAUUUCACCUGGGAAUUUGGUAAAUGAAAGGUCACACAAAAGAUUUAAUUCAGAUCGUGAAAAGACAUACCCACAGGCUUGAGUUUUCUUAUCUAUAAAGUGAAGUGUUCAACUGGAUCAGUUUUUCAAAUUGUGGAUUGCAACUCUAUAGUAGUUCACAACCUCUUCUCCUUGCCAUGUAGAAUAGAAACUCAGUGCAUCUUAUGAGUAAAUAUUUCUUGGUGCUUCUGUCUCAGUAAUGUAUAGAUACAUGAAGGUUACAAAUGGUUGGGGAUAAGUGUAUUUCAUAGAACCAGCAUCCAACCUCACUGUGAUUGAUGCUUGGAAUCUAAUUGUUUGAAGUGAAUAAGUCAUCAAUUUAGAACUUAUUUUGUGGGCCAGGGAAAUGAGAGCGUAGAACAGUGUGUGUGAUCAAUUGCUGUAAUGAGUGUCCUACUUUUGUGUAGUGUGUAAAGUGUCAGCUUCAGUGGCUGGAUGAAAGCUACUGAAUUGGGUCCUCCCUCAUCUCACAUAUUUUAAACUGGCUUGUGCUUUGUUGCUUCAAAUUAAUUUUAAAAUGGAACAUGUCUCUGGGUCAGUUCACUAGAAACACCUGAGACUAAUUCUGGUCCUAUCCUGAGCAGUUCUGAAGUUGAAAACUGGGAAAUGUAUCUCAGGAAACUUUGCUCUGAAGUUCCUCAGGCUGGUUCUGAUUCUGAUGCAGCCUGUUACUAUCAGUUAGUGAUGAGUUUAAUGAUACUUAGUUUUCGUUGUCUUAAAACUUCAUGGCAUCAUGUUGGUAUCUUUAAUUUGUUCUAUUUCUGUUUCAGUCUAUAUUAUGACAGAUGGGAGAUAGCUAUAUAUCUUGUCACCAAUAUAAGACUUCCAUAUACUUGAGCAUAGCACUGGGACAAUUGUCCUAUGUUAGCAUUGUCCCGAGUCUUUACAGAAGGGUUAAAAAAAAUUUUUUUUUAAGUUUAAAUAUAUAAGCAGUAAUGAUGCAGAGGUUAAUACACAAUGUACAAUAAAAUCUUAAUUUACAUGGAGACAUGGCAUAUAAAUUAAAUGUUUUUUAAAAAAUGA